AUGGCUUUCGCAAGAUUCAUUGCCCAAAUAAUCAGGUUGAGAGCGCAUUUCCCUGAUUAUGCCAUAAAGAAAGUCAGGCUUGAUAAUGCUGGUGAAUUCACUUCAGCAGCCUUUAAUGACUUUUGUAUGUCUGUGGGAAUCGAUGUUGAACAUCCGGUUCCGCACGUUCAUACGCAAAAUGGCAUGGCUGAGUCAUUAAUAAAGCGGUUGCAGUUAAUUGCAAGACCGUUAAUCUUGAGAACAAAACUCCCAAUCACUGUAUGGGGACAUGCAAUAUUGCAUGCGGGAGCCUUGGUUCAAGGGGAGGGUCGAGAGAAUCACCAAAUGAUAUCACCUGGUGUACACACUCUUUGGCUUAUCUUGAUCCUCCUUCUAAUCAACGCGAGGUGGAAGUUCAGAAAAUUAUACAUAUGCAAAGAUUGGCUAACCAGUUGCCCGAUGAGUUCAGAUACGAAAAGGGUGACGAAGUCCUAUAUCCCCGCUGCUAAUGCUCCAUCAAAAAUAGAAGUUCCUCAUGAACAUUUUGAUGUGAAUAGAGCAAGUGAACCGGUUCAAUUAAAGCGCGGGAGGCCUAUAGGAUCAAAGGAUAAAAAUCCCCGAAAGAAAAAGAAUUGUGGAGUAAAGGUUCCUGAUGAACCGAAAUGUCUUGAAGACAUUUCCGAACAGGUUCUUGUAGAACCUGAUAAAGAGGUUCAAGAUGACGAUCAUGAAAAAGAUUGA